CUCAACUGCUUGUUUUGAUUUAUUUUUUUAAAUGGGAAAAUGCUAGAACAUAUCAGGAGAAGCUAGCUAGCCUUCCUGCAUUGCAUCUUCCUUUCCUUGUACAGUAACAUUUGAGGGUUGGCCGGCCAGUACUCCGGGCUGGAUGGAUUUUGCCACCCCGCAGUUGGGGUAGUACUGGUCGGCCACCAGUCCUUGAAUAUUUUUUUUAAUUAUUUUUGCUUUUAUUUUCGAAUAGAUUUGAUUAUGUACUAUAUAUAUAACGUAACUGCUAUAUAUAAUAGUUUAUAGAUCAUGAGUAAUAUAUAUCUUGCUUUCACUGGAAUUAUAAUUUUGCACAUGGCCUGCUUAUCCCAUCCGGGGCUAUUGCACGCCACGUCCUCAUUUCGAAGGAUAUUCGCUUUUUCAGGAAACAUCCUAUCUGCAAUUAUUUUUUGCAAUAGUAGGAAAAAAUGUAUAUAAAAUUCUACUUACCAUACUAUAUUAUAUAAAAUAUGAUAUAUUUUGAGAUGAGAUACAUUUAUCAUUGAGAUGAAAUUUGCAUGCAGACUGUAUAAACUUACCGCAAAAGUAGUGAACGAUUACAACCUCUAUUUAGGUCUCUACUACCCUAAAAAAGGGGCUUCCGUCAAGUUCGUGAAAGGCCCGGCUGAUCUGGGUUUCAUAUAGAAAUAUAUAUUAGGAAGUUGCAGAAAAUUAGAAAAAGAUCAGAAGGCAAGAAUUAUGGGAGAUUGCAGGCCCUUGGGUUUUUUGAUAGGGUUACCCUUUGCUUUUGUUUCUUUGAUCUUAUCUCUUGUCGGAGCUGUUGUUUGGACAAUUGGGUCGGUGUUGACUUGUUUGUGUCCCUGUUGUAUAUGUUGUGCCGGAAUCGCAAAUUUGGCGGUGAGCCUCGUGAAGCUCCCAAUAAAAAUAAUUCAGUGGUUUAUUGAUUUGAUUCCUUGCUGAUGAUAAUUAUUUAUAUAUAAUGAAUAUUGAUUUUGUACGAAUGUUGUGAUUAAUUCAUUAUUAUUUGUUGAA